ACUGACACCGACACCGGCACUGAUACCGGCCCCGCGCCCCGGUGCUCGGGCGGCCCUGGGCGCCGCCGAUGACCCUGAACACGCAGCGCGGGAGCCACAGCCCGCUCCGCCGCAGGGCCAGCACCCCUGUGCCGCGGCCGGGGGUCUCCUGCCACCCGCAGCUGGAGCACCGCGCCUCGGAGCCGGGCGCCAGGGCCGCGGCCCCCCGCGGCAGUUGGUCCUCCGAGUCCUCGGCCUCCUCGGGCGCCUGGGAGCCGCUGUACCGCGUGGUGCUGCUGGGGGACCCCGGCGUGGGCAAGAGCAGCCUGGCCAGCCUCUUCGCCGGCGUCCAGGAGCGGGAUCCGCUGGAGCAGCACGGAGAGGCCGCCUAUGAGCGCACGCUGUGUGUGGAUGGUGAGGAGACCACGCUGCUCGUGAUGGACACGUGGGAGCCGGAGCAGCGGGGCAAGGGGAGCCAGUGCCGCAGCCAGUGCCUGCAGGUGGGGAACGCCUAUGUCAUCGUGUACUCCAUCACGGACCGGGCCAGCUUCGAGAGCGCCUCGGAGCUGCGCAUCCAACUGCGCCGAGCGCGGCAGCCCGAGGACAUCCCCAUCAUCCUGGUGGGCAACAAAAGCGACCUGGUGCGGAGCCGCGAGGUCUCCAUUGAAGAGGGCCGUGCCUGUGCUGCCGUGUUCGACUGCAAGUUCAUCGAGACAUCGGCGGCUCUGCAGCACAACGUGGCCGAGCUCUUCGAGGGGGUGGUGCGGCAGCUCCGCCUGCGCCGAGGGGGCAAGGAGCCCCACAUGCGCCCUGCGCCGCGGCACAGGCGCAAGGAAAGCCUCACCAAGAGAGCCCGGCGCUUCCUCGACAGGCUGGUGGCCAGGAACAGCAGCAAAGUGGCCCUCAAGUUCCGCUCCAAGUCCUGCCACGACCUGUCUGUGCUCUGAGAGCCGCCGGUGCCUGCCCAGCGCUCCGCACACCCAGGCUGGGACUGCCCUCUCCACCAGCAGCGCGGCCGGUGGCUCCGUGGAGAGCCCAGAUAGGACCAGAGCGAUGUUGAGGAUGUGGAGCUGGUUUAACCAGUGCUGAGGGAUGCUCAGGGUGCUCUGGAUCCAGCCACGUCCCCUCCAGGAACAGAGACAAGUGGGGCCGGGUCCCCUGGGCUGCACUCAUGGAGCAGAGGGUGGGAUCCUGGAUUACAGAUGCUCCUGCUCGCGGGGCCCAUCCUU